UCCGUCCGCAGGCGGGUCCUCGGCGCUCGGCUCGCCACGCCUGCGACGCUGCCAUGGAGACGUAGCCGCGGCCUCCUGGCUCUACCCGGGACCUGGAUCCCUUGCGUCAGCAGGCCCACGCGUGUCCGCGAGCGCCGAUGACAAAGUCAGCUUCGCUGGAGCAUCCGGGCAAGCGGUGACUUUGACGGGCGCAGGGGCGAGGGACUCGCAUUCUUCCUCCUCUCUGAUCCAUAGCUGAGGAAGGUUUCUCUCACCAGCAGAGAGGAGACCCUGGGACCACCAAGCAUCCAUGGAUUAUUAAGGGACCUGAGAUUGUCCAACCGCCUCAUCCUUCCACUCAGCUCAGCUAGCUGCAUCCGUGAGUAGUCUCGCUGAGCUCUCUGACCCAUAGAGGCUGCUCCUUGGUGGUGAGGCCCAUACUGGGCCUGUCCCUGUCUGUCUCCCCUCCCGACAGUUUCUUCCCUUGGCAAUGUCACCCUUGGUUAAGAGUGGAAGACUAGAUGGAAGAAAGGACCUGAACCAACGCUUAGUCCACAUUCCCACUGUGUUUUGAGUGGUGUGGGCAGGUCAUCCCCUGCUGCAGGAACCUUGGAUUCAUCUCUUUGAGCUCAGCAGUAUUGCGGAGGCAGUGGACACCUGACAGGCUUCCCAGGAGUGGUGUGGCGUCACUGUCAACACUAUAGCACUUUCUGUCUGGAAUGGCUCUCCCAUGGCUUCUGAAUGGUCAGAGAUGUGUCUUGGAGUCUCCUGCCUUCCUAAGGAUCUUUCUUACGGAAGGUCUGAGUUACCUACUUUCACUAUUAAGUUGAACAAGGACUCCCAAACCCAACAUCUAUCAAGAUUGUUGGGCAACUAAAGCAAAGCAGCCAGCUGUUCCUGGCCUAGGAGGGAAGCCAGGUGUGCAGGACCCUGGACCUGUGGGAUGAGUGGGCGAGUCCCGCUGGCAGAGAAGGCCCUGUCAGAAUCCUAUGCCCGCCUUCGGUACAGGGACACAUCCUUGCUCAUUUGGCAACAGCAGCAGCAGAAGUUGGAGUUUGUACCACCCAGUACAUACCUGAGCAGAAGCCGCAGCAUGUGGUACUCCCAGUACGGAAAUGAGGCCAUCUUAGUCCGAGACAAGAACCAGCUUGGGGUCUCUAGGGACACGGGCCAGUCUAAGUUUUGCUCGAUCAUGUAAUUCCAGGGAGAAGACCCAUGAUGGCCAUGAAGAUCAAGCUGUGGUAUAAAAGCCCAACACCCAAGAAUGUCAUCCAACGCUUUAUUAGUGGCACACUGGGCCCCUUGAUGUUCCCCUCACUGCUCAGGCCCAGGAAAUGCUUCCAAACAAAAGGGAAGCAAGAGACACAUCCCCCCACCCCCCAACCUGCUCCUAUGAGCUGCUGCCUGUUAUAGAAUGGGUCAAGUCCAGGGUAAGGAGAAGAGUCUCUUCUUGCAGGGUCCCAAAUCUGUCAGUUCACUGCAGUGACAUGUGAAAGGCCGCCAGUGCUGGUAGUGACAUUCCAGAACCAAGAGUUUUAGUGACCAAUUGCUCUGUAUGUUACUGCAUCAAGGUAGCAUCCACACUGGCCACCAGAUGUGGUCUCAUAUAUAGGCGUGUCCUUAAGCAAAAUGUGGCCCAAAGUGAUGGGGGAGGGGGAGCGGAUUCUAAUGGUGAAGCACUGGAGCCUCUCUUCUACCAGGUUGCAAAGGCUAGCACAGUCCACCCCGUGGCUAUGCAAAUGCAAACCCAAGCUUUCUAAAUAAACAU